AAAAAAACGCUCUUUUGCCGGUCAAUUCCUACCAUCUGUGAUUUCGAUACCCCCAUAUUAACGACAUGAUGUUCACCAACCUUUUCACUGCUACGGCGGCUAUGGCUGCCACUGUCUCUGCUUUCGACUGCAGCGGCAACUACUUCAGCUUCUUUAACCGCGCUGGACCUAUGUCCUAUCAGCGCCUUGAUCCUGCUCUGUCCCCUGGAAAGCAGGGCCCUCACAUGCACACCUUCGACGGUGGAAAUGCGCUCAGUGCCUCAUCCAACUUCGAUAGCCAGGUUGGCUCAUCUUGCACCACUGCCCGCAUCAAGCCUGACAAGUCUCUCUACUGGCGCCCUACCCUCUACUGGAACGGCAACAACACUGGCUUCUACCGUGUCCCCGAGAAUGCUGCCAAGAUCUACUACAAGUUUGGCGAUGGCAACUCGUGGGCCAACGUCACCGAGUUCCCUGAGGACUUCAACAUGAUGGCUGGCGACCCGUUCAAGCGCGCCGACGGCAGCAACUCGGCCGGUGUCCGCUGGGCCUGCCACCAGCCCGAUGGUCGCUCCGACAACGUCUUCUCCAAUGGCUUCCCUUCUGGCUUCCAGUCCUGCAACUCCGGCUUCGCCUCCGAGGUGACGUUCCCAUCGUGCUGGAACGGCAAGGCGCUGAACCCCAGCAGCCCCAGCGCUCACAUGGCCUACCCCACCAAUGGCGGUGUCGGCAUCGAGAACUGCCCUACUACCCACCGUGCUGCCCGUUUCCCAACCAUCUUCAUCGAGUUCUGGUACGACAUCUCCUCGUUCAACGGCCAGUACAGCUCCAGCUCCAACCCCUGGGUUCUGUCCAACGGCGACCCUACCGGCUUCGGCAUGCACGCCGACUUCCUCAACGGCUGGGAGAAGGGCGUGCUUGGUAAGGCUACUGCAGAGAGCGGCGGCUGCAAUUGCGGGUGCGGCUGCGGCAACGACGAGAUGAAGCAGUGCUUCGGAGCUGCCAAUGUCAACGACGAUGGCGACUCCAGCUUCAAGCAGUGCUCUGCUGGCACCAGCGGCUCCGCUGCCAAGGUUGACAAGCUCCCUGGCUGCAACCCCAUCCAAUCUGGCCCUGCUCGCGCUACCGUCGCCUCUGGUGCUGGCUGCGAUGCCUCCGCUGCUCCUGUUGCCAGCGCCGCAAGCACCGCUACCUCUGCGGCUUCCUCGGUUGCUUCUGGCAUUGCGUCUGCCAUCGAGUCUGCCUACUCUGAUGUCUUUUCCGCCACUGUUCCCGCUGGCGCAUCGGUGACUGCAUCUGCCGCUGCCUACGCCUAUUCAUCCCCCGCCCCUUACCCCUUUCCCAGCGGCAACUCAACGGUCGCACCCACUGCCACCGGCGUGAACUCUUCCCCCGCCGGUGUGAGCAGCAAGUCGCGCCUCGGGCACAACCACAGCAAGUUCCACUCAUCCAAGACCACUGCCGUGCCCGCCGGCAACACCGGCCACCCUACUUCUGACGACAAGGACACCGAGGCUGAGGCCGCGAGCGCGAGCUGCACGUCCCAGGCCCCUGUCACCAUCACUUACACGCCCACUGUCUACGUGACUGCCCAGUCGGUGUCUGCGGCCCUGAAUAGCACCACCACGCUUACGCUGACUAGCACUGUCAUUAUGAAGCAGACGCUGCGGGCUGCUGCCAGCGGAUACUAGGCGCCUUGCGUGUGGCGUCACCGGUGUUCGUUUCAUGAUCAUAGACCUUGGUGGUGUGUGCAGAUCAUUCGUUACACUCGCUCGGAAACGUUUGGAGGAUUAGAGGAGAGGAGAGAUGCAGUUCCUGUACAUACAUUAAACACAAAACUUGACGUAUGAAGACAGACUUGCGCUUGCCCGGGUGCUGAUGUGUGUUCGUGCCGCGAGGACAUUGCGAUGAUUCUGGCGAGUGUCUCGCCUGACGCCUACGAC